AUGAAUCAACUCCUUCAGCAAGUUCAUACGGGUAUCAGGGAAGCCGGACUCUUCCUUGAUAACUACAUCGCAGUGAAUAAGAACAUCUCAACAGCCUAUCCAGUGGAAAAGCUUGCCGAGAUGAACGUUUUUGAUGCCGGACUAGUGAAAUUAUGGAAAUUUAUGCUUGAGAGCUAUUCGUUGAAUAUGGUCACGAUUGUCCUUCCAUUUGCAGUUUUGUUUUUGAAUUAUUUCUUUGUGUGUGGAUUCAUGUUUUUAAUUGAGCAAGCUGAUUUUUCAUUCUUGAGGAAGUAUAAGAUCCAAGCUAAAAAGUACAAUUCACCCUCUAAAGUAUUUUGGGCUUCCCUCUAUCUCCUCUAUGUGUACUUUGUCAUUAUUUUGCCCAUGUACACUGCUGCCUUCUAUGUAUUGAGCCAAGUUGAUUACUUUAGCUUGGAGCUUUUCGAUAUUCCAAAUUGGAAGACUCUUGUUUGGCAAACACUUGCCUUCUUAUUCUUUGAAGAUUUGGGUCACUAUGUGUUGCAUCGUUGGAUGCAUACCCCAUGGGCUUACAAGAACAUUCACUACAAGCAUCAUGAAUUCGAUGCUCCAAGCUCAUUGGCCACUUAUGCCCAUCCUGUUGAAGUUGUGAUUCAAGGAAUUGCUACAUUCUUGGGACCAGUCAUUGUGAGACCACAUAUUUUGACUCUUUUCAUUUGGGUCAAUAUUAGACAGUUGGCUGCAUGCGAAACUCAUUCAGGAUAUGAUUUCCCAUUCUCACCAAAUAAUAUUUUACCAUUCUGUGGUGGUGCUGAUUUGCAUGAUUUCCAUCAUCGUACUUACAACGGAGCUUAUUCAUCCAAUUUCAUUUGGUGGGAUGUAUUGCUUGGAACUGAUAAUGGAUAUUUUGCUUGGAAGAAGAAGCAACAAGCAAAGAGAGCAAGAGGAGAAGCUACCACUGUUGAUGAUUCAGAAGAUAAUCAACAAACUAAAAAGACUAAAUAA